AGGGCGGGAGAGGGCCCCAGGUUAGGAAGGUGAGUGCCACGUCCCUAACGUAAGCAGGGACCCACAGGGAGGAGCAAGGUGGUGGCGGAGGAGAUGCGAGGAUGCAUCACCGCGUCCUCCGCGGGGCUCGCGCUGGAGCCCUCCGAUCAGUAGGAGGGACCUGGCGCUCGGGAGUCGCGCUGGUUUCGUUGCCCCCAAAGACCGCGGGAUGCUCGGACCCGAGACGAGGAACCCGUGCCGGUAAGAGCCCGGCCUUGCUGCGGACUCAGAGCUGAACAAUGACCAUAGUUGACAAAGCUUCUGAAUCUUCGGGCCCUUCAACCUCUCAGAACCAGCCUGGCAGCUCCGAGGCGGUCUCACCUGGAGACAUGGAUGCAGGGUCUGCCGGCUGGGGUGCUGUGUCUUCCUUAAACGAGGUUUCAAAUCACACGCUUUCUUUAGGACCAGUGCCUGGUGCUGUAGUGUAUUCAAGUUCAUCUGUACCUGAUAAGUCAAAACCAUCACCACAGAAGGAUCAAGCCCUAGGUGAUGGCAUUGCUCCUCCGCAAAAAGUUCUUUUCCCAUCUGAGAAGAUUUGUCUUAAGUGGCAACAAACUCAUAGAGUUGGAGCUGGGCUCCAGAAUUUGGGCAAUACUUGCUUUGCCAAUGCAGCAUUGCAGUGCUUAACAUACACGCCACCUCUUGCCAAUUACAUGCUAUCGCACGAACACUCCAAGACAUGUCAUGCAGAAGGAUUUUGUAUGAUGUGUACAAUGCAAGCACAUAUCACCCAGGCACUCAGUAAUCCUGGGGAUGUUAUUAAACCAAUGUUUGUCAUUAAUGAGAUGCGGCGUAUAGCCAGGCACUUCCGUUUUGGAAACCAAGAAGACGCCCAUGAAUUCCUUCAGUACACUGUUGAUGCUAUGCAAAAGGCAUGCUUGAAUGGCAGCAAUAAAUUAGACAGACACACCCAGGCUACCACGCUCGUUUGUCAGAUAUUUGGAGGAUACCUGAGAUCUAGAGUCAAAUGUUUAAAUUGCAAAGGCGUUUCAGAUACUUUUGACCCCUAUCUCGAUAUAACACUGGAGAUCAAGGCUGCUCAGAGUGUGAACAAGGCGCUGGAGCAGUUUGUGAAGCCCGAGCAGCUGGACGGCGAGAACUCAUACAAGUGCAGCAAAUGUAAAAAGAUGGUUCCAGCUUCGAAGAGAUUCACCAUACACAGAUCCUCCAAUGUUCUCACACUUUCUCUGAAACGCUUUGCCAAUUUUACUGGCGGGAAAAUUGCCAAGGAUGUAAAAUAUCCGGAAUAUCUUGAUAUUCGACCAUACAUGUCUCAACCAAACGGAGAACCGAUUAUUUAUGUUUUAUAUGCAGUGCUGGUACACACGGGUUUUAACUGCCACGCCGGCCAUUACUUCUGCUACAUAAAGGCUAGCAAUGGUCUCUGGUAUCAGAUGAAUGACUCCAUCGUAUCUACCAGUGAUAUCAGAUCGGUACUCAGUCAACAAGCGUAUGUUCUCUUUUAUAUCAGGUCCCAUGAUGUGAAAAAUGGAGGUGAACUUACUCAUUCCGCCCACAGCCCCGGCCAGUCCUCUCCCCGACCUGUAAUCAGUCAGCGUGUCGUCAAUAACAAACAGGCCACGUCAGGGUUCAUCGGACCACAGCUUCCUUCUCACAUGAUUAAGAACCCGCCGCACUUGAAUGGGACCGGACCCUUGAAAGAAACGCCCAGCAGCUCCGUGUCGAGUCCUAACGGAAAUUCCAGUGUCAGCAGGGCUGGUGCUGUUAACGCUUCAACUUCUGUUCAAAACUGGUCAGUUAACAGGGCCUCAGUUAUCCCGGAGCAUCCCAAGAAACAAAAAAUCACCAUCAGUAUUCACAACAAGUUACCUGUUCGCCAAGGUCAGUCUCAGCCUAACCUUCACAGCAAUUGUUUGGAGAACCCUACCAAGCCCGUUCCCUCUUCUACCAUUACCGCUUCUUCUGCAAUACAGUCUGCCUCGAGUGCCCCCACCACGUCAGCUCCCAGUAAAGUCACAAAGCCGACGGCCCCGAGUGAGUCCUGCUCCAAGCCAGUGAUGAACGGCAAGUCCAAGCUGAGCUCCAGCGUGCUGGUCCCCUACGGCGCCGAGUCAUCGGAAGAGUCUGACGAGGAGGCCAAGGGCCUCAGCAGGGAGAACGGCCUGGGCACGGCCGAGAGCUCGCACUCCUCCGCCCUGGAUGCUGAGGCGGACGAGGCCGCUCAGCACGAGCCUCGAGAACCUGUGACUCUCAAUGGUGCUAGUGCCAGCACAGACAGUGACCCGGAAGAGAACGGUCUGGCCUUCGAUGGUGCCAGCUGCCAAGUCCAGCCUGACCUACACUCAGAAAACCCCUUUUCUAAGGCAAAUGGUCUCCCUGGAAAGUUGAUGCCCGCUCCUUUGCCACCUCUCCCGGAAGACAGAAUCCUAGAGACUUUCAAGCUCGGCCACAAAGGGAAAGGCUCGACGGAUGAGACAAGUGCACCUGGAACAGACGGGAGCCAGACAGAGCAUCCUGAGGCAGGACUGGAGCCCGGCAGCCCCACUCCUGACUCCCGGGAGGAACUGGAGACGGCCACGGGUCUUAGCAGCCAACUGAAGGAGGCUUCGCCGCUCCCGGACCCCGGCAUCCAAUCUACAGCUACCAGAGAACAGGCCCCUGAGAGCAUUUCAGCACAACCCGAGGAGUCCGUGCCCAGCGUCAACCACCUUUGUAGCGCCAACAAGAACACCGCUGGGGACGACCACCUCUCUAAACUGUGCGACCCCGGGAAUGGAACAGGGGAGGAGAGCAGAGCAUCCCAGGAUACACCAGGGACGUUAGCAGAGAGUCCCCCGGACUUGGCAGCAGGGGACACCACGGGGAGGCUGAGCCCGAGCCCCGCGGCAUGUCCCGAGGGUGACGGCGAGCAGAGGCCCUCCGUCCACAGCAGCCGAGACCAGUGCACGGAUGCGGAAGACGUUUCUAAAGUCUCAGAUGUUUCUAAAAUCUCAGGGGCGCCUACAGACGAGCCGCCCUCUUCUCAGUUGGACAAAGUCACGGAAAACCAUUCAGAAGAGGGUGGGGCUCCCGAGCAGAGCCCCGGGGAGCCACGUGAAGACAAGGCUGGGCAGAAAGGCCAGGCCCGGUCUCCGGUGAAGGAGAAGAUCAGCAGCCUCCGCAAGGUGGACCGAGGACACUAUCGCACCCGGAGGGACCGCUCGUCCAGCGGGGAGCACGCGCGGGACAGCAGGAGCCAGACCGAGGACCACUACCGCCGGCGGCGGCACUCCUACACGCGCGAGCGCACCCUGCAGGGGCGCCGGCCCGAGCACUGCAGCGGGGGCCCGCACCACGCCUGCGAGCACCGCGGCCUGGCCCGGCACCGCCACCACCACCCCCGGAGCAGGGGCGGGUCCGACCACGACUGGAGCAGGUACCACCACUCGGAGAGCGAGCACUCCUGGGGCCGGGAGAAGCACUACCUGGACAGAGCGAGGUGGGACAGAUGCAGGUAUUACCACGACAGGUACGCCCCGUACGCGGCCAGGGAGGCGUGGGAGUGGAGGCCUUUGCACGGGGACCGCGACUAUGACCGUGCGGGUCAGUACGGCGGCCGGCCCUACAAGGACUAUAAAAGCAGGAAGGGCUACGAGCUGGGUGCCAAAGACAGGGAACGGCGCCACUUGAGCGGCCCCCGGGCGGCCCCCCCCCACGCCCUGCCGCCCCACCCUGAGAAGUCCGCCGAGAAGAUUGCACUUGCACCUGAAGGCAGCAGCUGUCACCUCGCUGAUCGCUUUCACGACCACGAAAAUGUGAAGUCACACAAACGGAGGUACGAUAGUAUAGAACGUGGUGACACCCACGUAGAAAAGAAAGCCUGGAGAAGCGUACAGAGGGACCCUUUAGAAGAACCUAAAGUGAAGAAGCACAAAAAGUCAAAGAAGAAAAAGAAAUCCAAAGACAAACACCGAGAGCGAGACUCCAGGCAUCAGCAGGACUCGGAUCUCUCGGCAGCAUGCUCAGAUGCUGACCUCCACAGACACAGGAAGAAGAAGAAGAAAAAGAAGAGACACUCAAGGAAAUCGGAGGACUGUGGGCGAGACUCAGGACUGCACUUAGCUAAGGCCGCCAGCUCUGAGGCUCUUGACCGCUUCCGGAGAGCCGACGGCAGCCCCCCCCUCACCGACGGCCUGCCUCUGGAAGGCGCUGGACCUUUCUGCGAGAAAACAAAACGUUUAAGGAUGGACAGCAGAGAUGACAGGGGUCAUCUGUCUGAGUGUGGCCAGGGUAAGAGGAGAUACUUGGACUUAAGAAUGUAGGAGCUGGUCUUUUUAGAAAAGGGGAUUGACACCUGGGAGGAAGGCCCAAUGGCGGGGGUGGGGGGGGGUGGGGGUGGGGACGCGCUUCAGCAGGAGCCCCUCCCACCCGCUUUCUCCACCCCUCACCCGAGAGGGCGGCAUGGAGCAUGGCCCCCUUAGCAUUUUGGGGAGCCCCGGUUACAUGGACCAGGCCUCACAGAACCUGAUACACACCUGGAAUUUAGCGCUCCAGGUACCAUUUUCCUCGGGAAGGGCCAGAACUUUCCUUUUCAGACCAUUUUUAUAUUCUUCUCUCCGGAAUCCUUAGACCUCGGGCGUCCUGAGCAUAACCUAGGAGUCAGUUUGAUGACUUGGUACAUUAGGGACGUCAGCUGUCACACCUGUCGUGCGGGGCUCUGGCUCCUGGGGAGUGGAUCACUCUGGGUGUCCCGUCCUGUCUGCUCUGCACAGCCCUGCCCCUGUAAUGGUGUGGUCCUUUCUGUGGCUAAUUGCACUUAAAGCUGCCCCCUCUCCUCUGUGCCAGUGACCUUCGCCCUGGCGAGCAGCACGGAGCCUGCGAGAAAGCAUGAUGUAGGCGGUGCCCCAGAGCGGCCCGCACCGCAGCCCGGGGCAGGGCCAGCCAGUUAGAAUGGCUUCAACAUCUCAAGUGGUUGGAAAAGUCCAAAGAAGAUUUCAUUUCCCAUGAAAAGUAUAUGAAAUUGAAAUGUCGGUGUGUAGAGUGCAGUGGAACACAGCCCAGCUUUUACGGCCUUUUGUGGAGAGUUUGCUGACCGCCCUGGACCCCGAGGUGUCCUUCUGUGCCUGUCACCCUGGUUGCCCAGAGGCCUUUGGGUUCCUGACGGUGUCCUGGGCUCGGCCGAGGUGACCUGUGGGGGGCGGCCAGCCUGUGAAGGUUGGCUAGGAGGGCACCUGGGCCCGUGUUGGCGAGGACAGCACCGCGAGGCAUGGCGGGUUCCAUCGGGAGGGCGUGCGGUGGGAGCUGGCAGCCCUCGGCAGCAAGAAAGUGGAGCUGAAGUGGCAUUUGCUGUUUUUAAGGGAUUAAUAUGUGUCUCCAGAUUGGUUUCCCGUGAACAUGUCAGUGUCGGGGGAAGUCCCUCUCCCUCGCGCAGGGAGGGGCUGUGUGCAUGGGUCCCAGGCAGCGCGCACUGUUGCCAGACUCCGCAGGGGGUGGGGCCGCCCAGGGCUCUGGAGGGCGGGGAGGCCGAGUGCCCACCUCGCUGGUGGCGUGGGCAGCUGCUCUGUCUGCAGGGGCUGCCGUCAGGCUCGUGUCCCAGGGUGGCCGGUGGCCCUGUCCCCGAUCCAGCACCUCCACUCUGAGCAGCCCCGGCACUGUCCCUGCCUGUCCCCUCAGGAAGGGCCAGUCAUCUGGCCUUCAAGCAUCCCCGUCAACUGUCGGGACACGUGUCCUCUGUCCUGGUGCCUUGACUGCUGACCUGUCCUUCAGACUCGCUGUCUCUGGUGUAAAGCCUGCCCCUCCUCAUGUGACAAGGCCGACGGACCAUGUCCACGGGCGUGCGUGGCUUCCCGGCUUCUCCCCGCGGCGACUGUCUUCCCGAACCCCCGGAGAAAGGGCCCCCUCCGCACACCCUGAGCACCCUGGGCCCGGUGUGGCGUUCUUUCCCGCGGAGCUGUGAGCCUGCUGUGCACCCGGCACAGGACCAGACACCAUGAGACCAUUAAACUGUCUCUUAACCUUUGCUUGCG